UUACUACAGUCUUGUAUUUGAGAAAAGUUAAGCUUCUCCUUGCACUGCAAAAUCAGAAAAUGAAAACGAAAUUUCAACACGAUAAAAGCUUAGUAUUUUAUUUGGUGAUAUAUACAAUUAUUCAGGUUGUUCAAGGUGCACCGCUGACAAACGGAAACGUGACUAAGCCUGGAGAUUUGAACGGUGAAAAACUGAUUGAGUUUGGAAUAAAACUAAACUUGCCAAAAUUGCAACUAAUUGGAAAGGUGAUUGAAAAUAUUGAACAGAAGAUUAAAAACCUUUGUGAUCUUCAUCCUUGCUUGGAAUGGACUGAGUGGAACGAAUGUAAUGCUGAUCGUGGUCACUUUGGUUCCAAAUUCCGAACACGUCAAUGCAGUGUCAAUAUGACAGCAUGUGAAAUAGAUGCUACUAACAGUAGGACGGAGAAAGAGCUUGGAGUCUGUAUCGGAUACUGUCCUAAAGACUAUAAUAUGACAAAGAACAGAUUUUGUGUAAAGGUGUAUGAUGACUCAGUUCGUACUCAAGAUGCCGCUGAACAUCAGUGUCAGAAAGACGGUGGGCAUCUGAUAAAUGUCGAUUCAGAGGAGAAGUACCAGGAUGUGAUCAGUGUAAUACAAGGUUUAAGUAAGGCUGUCUGGAUCGAUGGAAGAAGAAAAGAUGUUGGUUCUCCCUGGGAAUACAAGUACGGCUCACAGAAAGGGUUCUUCAAAUGGUUAUCGGGACAACCAGGUGAUGGUUCAACUGAACUUUGUUUAAAACUUUACCAUCCCAGUACCUGGUUAUGGGGAGAUAACCCAUGUACAAGUUCUUACUAUAGCGUGUGUGAAAUAACUACUAUUACAUAGUUUAAACGAAUCUUUCUGAACUUAGAUUGCAAAAUAUCGAUGUACUUUUUGAGUAAAUCUAUUUCUGAAUCAUGUGCUUCCCGAAGUAAAAGUGUAUAAUACGACAUUAUCUACACAACGGAUCGAAAUGUUUGAGUGUGAUAAAUAAAAUUGGGGAUAAUUAUGCUACACAGAUUUCACAUAUUGAUGUAAUUGUUAAUUUCAACAUAAAAGCAUGCAUGGCAUAGUUAAGCUGAUUUUGUCUUUUAUUUGUUUUCAAUAUGUAGAAUUCUUAAUAACUGAUAUUUAGCUUAAAUAUUUUUGAGAGAAAAAAUUACUUAAAACAGCUGUUAAUUAAACUAGCUUCCGUAAAUAACUACACACUUGUAACUAGUAUAGUGUCUAACCAAUUGUUAUUUUGAAUGAAACUCAGUGCAUUAUGACAGGCCCCGGCCGAUCAUUCUAAUUAAGAUUAACAUUAUUACGACAAUUGAUUAAUAGCAUAAUAUAUUGAAAGAAACGUUUGUAUAAAACCAUAUACAUGUCUAUCAUAAUGUAAAAUAGAAGUUACAGUAUGACUAUGUAAAGAUAAAAUUUCAUUUAGUAUAGCUGUAAUCAUUGGAUAGUAUACCUUCAAGAACAUUAAUAAGCCUAUGUCAUCGGCAUGAUAUAUGAGCCGCGCCAUGAGAAAACCAACAUAGUGGGUUUGCGACCAGCAUGGGUCCAGACCAGCCUGCGCAUCCGCGCAGUCUGGUCAGAAUCCAUGCUGUUCGCUUUCAAAGCCUAUUGCAAUUAGAGAAACCGUUAGCGAACAGCAUGGAUCCUGACCAGUCUGCGCGCAUGCGCAGGCUGGUUUGGAUCCAUGCUGGUCGCAAAGCCACUAUGUUGAUUUUGUCAUGGCGCGGCUCAAUUAUAAUAAACGGUUUGAACAUCCCUAUACAUAACCCGUAAAAACUGCUCUUUUUAACAUAAACGUUCAUUAAAAAUUGAAAACUAACAGUGGAAAGACAAUCACUCUGACAUUACAGUCGUGUGCAUAUGAAACUUGCUCAUUAAAUUUUGAGUCUUUAAUCUUGAUUUACUGUUGUAUAUAUUAUUUACACUUUCUUUUCUUAACCACUUUAAACUUUUCCCCUCUUACUGUAAAUAAUAAUAAUUUUGAACAAAUGUUUUCUGUAAAAACCCGAUGUUCCCUUGUAUUUUCUGAAACAUGCCUGUGCUUCCACAUAUACUUGAUUGGUUGAUUAGUCUUGUGUUUAGUAAUCGGGAGAACAGUUUUCUUUGUGUGUUAAAAGGUGACAUUUCUUUGUAAUUUCAUUUAAAAAUCUUGAACACCUUUCUGUACAUUGAUAUACUUCGGACCAAUUACUAUGGAAGUAACCUGUUUUUAAUAAUUUGAGCCGUGCCAUGAGAAAACCAACAUAGUGGGUGUGCGACCAGCAUGGAUCCAGACCAGCCUGCGCAUCCGCGCAGUCUGGUCAGGAUCCAUGCUGUUCGCUAACAGUUUCUCCAAUUCCAAUAGGCUUUAAAAGCGAACAGCAUGGAGCCUGACCAGACUGCGCGGAUGCGCAGGCUGGUCUGGAUCCAUGCUGGUCGCACACCCACUAUGUUGGUUUUCUCAUGGCACGGCUCAUUUACUGAACAGACGUUUGUUAAGGUAUUUUAUUAUGUAUACACUAUCAUUUAAAAACUUCAGUAAUAACGUAAUAUGGGCCAAAUGAAUGGUUAUAUUUCAAGGCUCAAUGAAUUUACUUAAAUAUGUUAUCAUUGUUAUAUUUCAUUUAAUUUACUUGAUUAUUGAAAAGUGUGUCUAGUUUUCAUAGAAAUAUAUCAAUAUUUGGGAUUACCUUACUGCAGUUGUCAAGAUUCAAUGAAUUUGCGCAAAUUUGUUAUCAUUGUUAUGUUUUAUUUAAUUUACGUAAUCAUUAAAUAGUGUGUCUAGUUUUCAUCGAAAUAUAUCGAUAUUUUUGCAGAUUAAACAAUAAAUACGUAGUUAGAAAAGUUGUUGAGCAUAUACAUGAAUUAAAAUCAUUGUAAAAUCA